AUGCCGCCCACGACGGCGGUGACCACAGUCUCCCUCCGGGAGCUGGCGGACCUCUCCAUCGGCACCCCGGAGGUGGGCGCCGUCAACUUCACCGCACUGCACACGCUCAUCGUGGCCAUGCUCAAAAACCUCGACCUCCAAAAUACCCAGAUCGACUUCCAGACCCCGUCGGCCCAGCCCAGCCAGUCGCCGCAGCCCUCGCGGGGCUCACUCAGCACCCCGAACCUGCCCGCGCCCAAGGAGGCGCCUAAGGAGGCACCCCGGGAGAAGCGCAGGAGCGUGACCCGGGCGCCCCCGUCGGCGCUGGAGAGCCAGGUGAAGGACCUGGGCGGCCAGGUGGAGGACCUGAGCAAGCAGCUCAAGCGCAUGGAUGGCCAGGUGCAAGGCAUCGCCACGCAGGUGCAGCACUUCUCCCAGGCCACCGGGCUCCACCUGGCCGUGCCAAAGUGGCUGGAGGAUCAGGAGGUGGACGCGCGGGGGCUGGAUAGUAUGCAGACUGGGAGUAUCAAGAAGGACACCACCGCCGAGGAGCUCAGCAUCGCCAGGGGGCUGCUGUCACUCUCCUUCCCUGAACUCUUCUUCCAGGUACUUUUACAGCGGGUUGAUGAACUAGAGAAGCAACUGAAAGAUCGGGAACAAUUCCUGGAACUGGUCAGCCGGAAGCUCAGUUUGGUUCCUGGUGCAGAAGAAGUCACCAUGGUCACCUGGGAAGAGCUGGAGCAGGCGAUUACGGACGGCUGGAGAGCCUCACAAUCGGGCUCAGAAACACUCAUGGAAUUUUCUAAGCGCAGAGGGUUCACCUCCUUAACAUCAUCUGAUGCGACUCUAAGCAGAGCACCUACCAAGCAACCAAGUAUUGACCAGGCUCUGGAUUCUGCCAGGGGUCUCGGCCCGGAUCAGACUGCAUCAGGGUCUAGUGGCACAGCACACCCCUCUGAUGGGGUGACUGGCAGGGAACAAAGCAGGCCCCCGCCUGGUGCUGGUAGACAGCAGCAGCCGAGGGCCCGUGAUGAGGCUGACAUGCCACAACUCCAUCCGUCUUCUGUAUUCCGAUUCAAAUUAGACUCCGAUCGUCAACGAAGUAAAGAGAAGCUCACCUCGACACAUCCAAGAAGAGAUGAACAAGAUGCACGUCCUGGCCCAGCUCAACAGGACUUAACCUUGGCCAGUGGCCAGCCCAGCAGGGUGCCCACUAGCCAGAGUCAGGUCCGUGCAAGGCCAGAUCGCCAUGGGUUAGAACCAACUGGCAUGGAUCAGCCUGGAUUCAUGCAUGCUAGCACCUACCCGCAUGGUGUGGUCCCCCUCAACAUGGGUCAGCUUGGUGUACUGCCACCUGAAAUGGAUGAUCAGGAACUGGUACCACUUGUCAUGGAUCAGAAAGGUAUGGUGCCACUAUCAGUACCUGGCAGAGACCAGCAAGGAUUGGAACUACCUAGCACAGACCGGCAUGCUGUGGUUCCACUCAGCCCAUACCAGCCUGGUGUGACACUUCCUGGCACAGACCAACGCAGUGUGGAACCACUUGUCACGGAUCAGCAUGGAUUUGUAAUAUCAGUCAUGGGUCAGCAAGGACUGAUACCCCCUGAUAUGGACCAACAAGGAUUGGUAUGGCCUGGCAUAGAUCAACAUGGACUGGUUCCACCUUUUACAGACCAGCAUGGUGUACCACCUGGUUUGAUACCAGUUAGUGCAGAUCAGCAAGGUUUUGUGCAGCCCAGUUUGGAAGCAACUGGCUUCAUACAACCUGGCACGGAGCAGCAUGAUUUGAUCCAGUCUGGCAGAUUUCAGCAUGGUUUGGUGCAGCCUGGUGCAUAUCCACCUGGCUUGGUCUGGCCUGGAAUGGAUCAAUCUGGUUUGGUCCAGCCUGGCACAGGUCAGCAUGGUUUGGUCCAAUCUGGUGCAGGUCAGGGUGGUUUGGUACAGCCUGGUGUAGAUCAGCCUGGCAUGGUCCAACCUGGUACAGAUCGGAUUGACGUGGUACAGAUUGAUGCAUAUCCACCUGAUUUAGUCCACCCUGGCAUGGAUCAGCAUGGUCUGGUACAACCUGGUACAUUUCCUAGUGGCUGGAUACAGCCUGACGUGUAUCUACCUGGACUGGUACAGCCUGGUACAUAUCCACGUGAUUUGGUACAGCCUGGUGCAGAUCCACGUAGUUUGGUCCAACCUGGAAUAGAUCAACAUGGUUUGGUUCAGCUAGGAGUUGAUCAGAGUGGUUUUGUGCAGCCUGGCACAGAUCAGUUUGGUUUGUUCCAGCCUGGUACAGAUCACUAUGGUGUGAUCCAACCUGGAGGUCAGCGUGACUUAGCACAAGCUGCUGCAGAUCAGCGUGAUUUGGCGCAACCUGGUAUAGAUCAGCGUGGUUUGGCACAAGCUGGUGCAGUUCAGCCCGGUUUGGCACAAGCUGGUACAGUUCAACCCGGUUUGGUCCAACCUGGUGCAGUUCAGCCUGGUUUGGUCCAACGUGGAGUGGAUCAGCGUGAUUUGGGACAAACUGGUGCAGUUCAGCCCGGUUUGGCCCAACCUGGUGCAGUUCAGCCUGUCUGGCACAACUUGGUGCAGAUCAGCCUGGUUUGGCACAAUCUGGUGCAGUUCAGCGUGGUUUGA